CAAUUUUUUCGACAACAAUUAUUUUAAUCUACUAUAGGAUACUAAUGCCUAUUAUAUCGUUAAAUAAUUUACUUUUAGCAAUAAUAUCAUAAAAUAUACCCAUUUAAAAAUAUUUUAGGAUGACUCGGUCCGUCCAUUAAUUACUCUUCGCUUAGAAUAAUUAUUUUUCGUACUCAAUGAUUUCAUGUCAUUGAAUUCAAAUUUAACACAACCAUUACAGCGACUCAUUAGUCCCUUGAUACCUAACGUACAGCAGAACGUUAUCCAAUUUUUUAAAAUUUGUAUACCAUUAACUUUGUUUUAAUUACCUAUACAAAAUGCAUAGGUAUCAAAUAAGUUUUUAAAAAUAAAAACAAAUAUUUAUGAAUAAUAUUAAUACCUAUUGACUAACCGGCCGAAGGCGUUCGGGAAAAGAUAACAUUAUUUAACUUGCAUUGAUGCAAUUUGGUUGAUUCACUACCGUGCGCUCAGAUAUACUUAAAAUAAUAAUCAUUAUUAUUUAUUUACUUUUCUAAAUUUAUAUGACAAGAAAUGGACAGUUUUUAAUUGGCAUAUUUUUUUUUAGUAUUCGAACGUUGAGUAGUAGGUAACAGAACAAAUACGAUAGUGUAUAUUUGGAUAUAGAAACACUAGAAGGAAGAUAUUCGGCGGAGAUUGGUAAUGAAAAAUCGAAAAAAAAAUUGUUCCGCCCUGAGUCAAUGGUGAAAUACAGUAACGUAACUAUCAAUGACUACACAGCGCCAUUAUUUGCCAGCAAAAAUGCUGCGACUUCACAUUUAAAUAGUUGUACUGGACGCAGUAAAAAUCCAUCAGAACAGAAAGUUUCGAAAGAACAGAAAACUCUGACUGUCCCGACAGUUAUCACAAAACCCUCGGAAGCUCCAAAAGUACCGAAAGAUCCGAUGACUCCGAAAGCCAGACCAAUUGUUAGCCCGGAGCCUUAUAUUUGCAUGUGUUGCAAUUUGGCGUUUAGACGGAAAGUGACUUAUAAUUAUCAUAUUAAAGAAAAAAAAAGAAAAUCCUCCAUGUCCUCGUCCGAUGAAGCUGAAACUGGAUAUGAAUCUUCUCAAAUGAAGAAAAAAUGUGAUAAGAAGUUCGAAAAAGACCCAACUUUUUAUCCUAACUAUCAUUAAAAAGUAGCUAAAUGUACCUAGACAUAUUUAUUCAAUUUUGGACUAAUUUAGAAUUCACCUUAACAUUGCAUAAAAAAAAACGUUCACAAGUAUUUUGUAUACUACUAGCUAACUCUGUAUUCG